AUGCUCUCAAUCGUGGGUAAGGGGGCCACGUGCCGGGCUCUCCAGCCGAGCACGGUCCUCGGGCUCCAGCAUAUCAACCUAAGCACCAAUGCUCCGGCAAAACCCGAGCCGAAGGUCAGCGGGCAAAUGGCGGCGUUCAGAAAGGGAAACGGCGGCAGGGCCUCUUUCUCGGGCAACGUGGUCACCGUCUUUGGUUCGACGGGCUUCCUCGGCCUUCCAGUCAUCAACCGGCUGGCGCGUCAAGGCAACCAGAUCAUCAUCCCUUACAGGCAAGAUCCCUACUACGUGCGCGAGCAUAAGGUCGUCGGUGAACUAGGGCAGAUCCUGUUCUUCCCGUUCGAGCUCAAGGAUGACGAGUCGAUUCGAAAGGCCGUCAAGUACAGCAAUAUUGUCAUCAACCUCGUCGGCACCACUGCUCCCACGAAAAACUACGACUAUUACGAGACGCACGAGAAGGGUGCCCGUCGUCUGGCCCGAAUUUCGCGUGAGAUGGGCGUCGAACGGUUCAUUCAUCUCUCGGCGUUGGGCGCUUCUCCGGACCCCGGCCGUGGCAACAUCGUUAGGGAAAGCCAUUUCCUUCGAUCAAAGGGCCUCGGUGAAUUGGCGGUGCGUGAAGAAUUCCCUACGGCCACCAUCAUUCGCCCCUCGGUCAUCUAUGGUGAAAACGAUGGCUUCAUCACCCAAUAUGUCAGCCGCUGGCGCAAGACUCCCCUGGACUUCGUUUGGCUUUACAAGAAGGGCGAGCACACCUACAAAAUGCCAAUCUAUUUCGGAGAUGUUGCCCUGGGAAUCGAUCGAGUCGUCAACGAUCCAACGACGGUUGGCGAGACGUUUGAGUUUGUUGGCCCUCACUGCUACAAGCUGUCGGAGCUUAUCGACUACAUGUACCGCAAGGCUCUUUGCAUCCGACCGCUCGGAUUCAAGUAUUUCCGUCACGGCUAUCCAGACCCCAUGUUCAUGGCGACCGUCGGCUUCACCGAGCUCUGGGGCAAGCUUUUCAAGUGCAAGGUGCCGCUGAAUCGGGAGUGGAUGGAGUUUGUUGAGGGCCGGAACGAUGUGCUCACUGGGCAGAAGACGUUGGCCGAUCUUGGCGUGCGGCGAUUAACCGAAUUCGAAUACGCUGGUGGCCAGCUUGCUCAAUGGCGUUCCUUCCUGAAGUAUUGCGAGGAGCAGUAUGGAGAUUUCGAGCCCCCGCCACUCCCUCUCCGAUCGCCCCCGAUUGUACAGCAGCAAGCGAAGAACGACUUUACCUUCGGAACAUCGUUUAAU